AUGUCGAUUCGACUUCUUUUUGUGUUCUGUGUGUUUUUUGUAUCUUUUCUAGAUUAUUCAGAAUGUAGCAAAGCGGAAAAUAAAUUGUACAGAGACAUAUUAACCGGAUAUUUGAAAUUGGCAAGACCUGUCAGAUACCCAAGAAAUGUGCUCAAAGUUCAUAUGAAAGUUUUUCUUCAGCAAAUUCUCAACUUGGAUGGACAGAAUCAAAUCAUUGAAGUCAACGCCUGGCUGAAAUAUGUGUGGAUGGAUUAUCGUUUGCAGUGGGACCCUUUACAAUACGACAACAUCACUAGCAUUCGUUUUGCUGGUGGUGAAAAUCAGAUAUGGAGACCUGAUAUUCUACUUUACAACAGUGCCAGUGAAGAUUUUGACUCAUCUUUCAAAUCCAAUGAAGUCGUUUAUAAUACCGGAGAGGUUAAUUGGAUACCGCCGGGCAUUUUUCGAGCCAGUUGUAAAAUGGAUAUUACUUAUUUUCCGUUUGAUGAUCAAGUUUGCUAUUUGAAGUUUGGAUCUUGGACUUAUCACGGGUUAGCAUUGGACUUGAGUAUUAUUGCGGAAGAAGAUGAAGAUGAGUUCUCCAUCGACUUAUCAACCUACACACCUAGCGGAGAAUGGCAUUUGACAAAAGCUCCCGCUGUAAAAGAUGUGAAAUUCAACUCAUGCUGUAAAGAACCAUACUCUACGGUAACAUUCUAUAUGUUUCUCAGAAGACGAACUUUAUUUUAUCUAUUCAAUAUCAUCCUUCCAUCACUUUUAAUUUCAAUAAUGACACUGAUGGGAUUCUGUCUUCCAGCACAUGACAUGUCCGAGAAAAUUGGUUAUCAAACCACUAUUCUACUUUCCAUCUGUUUUUUCGUCACAAUUGUGAGUGAGAUGACACCGCCUACUUCUGAAUCUGUGCCUUUGCUAGGAAUGUUCUUUUCGUCGCUCACUUUAAUCAGCUCUGUGUCCACCGCAUUUACGAUUACCGUACUCAAUUUCCGGUAUCGACAAGUGCAGAACAUUCACAUGCAUCCGUUGUUCUACAAAGUUUUCCUUAUUUGGAUUCCUUGGUUACUUUUGAUGAAGCGUCCUGGUGUUUUCUAUAAAAAGCGUAGAGCAACUGUACAAGCGAGAGAGGAGAUUUCAUUUUUUGAUAACUGUGAUGAUGACUGCUGCCCGAAGAUCCCUGAAUUUGACUACUCGUUAUCCAUCGAUAGUGCUGACACACUUCCACUUCCACCCCGUCCAAAACCACUUCUCAAAAAGAUGCAUAGUGUGCCUGCUGAGCAUUUGCAUCUUGACAGAAAAGUGGGUGAUGGCAUUUUAAAAAGUGAGCGACGUCCGUUGGUGCUAACAAAGAGCGGCAACAAAAGCCAUUCGUUAAGGAAUCGACGUUUUACGCAGUUUGAAAAGUACAUCAAAAAGUGUAUUGACGAUGCAAAGUUGAGAAAAAAUUCCACAUAUUCAACAUAUUCCAUGAUGAUCAUCACUUAUUAUCGGCAAAUCGAUGAAAUGCUGAAACUUCUGAAUCGUCGUCUUGACAAGCAACGGAAAUAUCUUUUCAAGCAGGAAGACUGGAAGUUUGCAGCUAUGGCAUUGGAUAGACUGUGUCUUCUGUUGAUCACUAUUUUAAUCAUUAUGUGUCUUUUUGGCAUGAUUUUGUCCACUCCUCAUUUUGAGCCUUGA